AUGAGGAGCAUAGUGUACGUGUUGACGCUCGCAGCGUUGGCAACCGCCGCGCCCGCCCCACAACCCGCCGCUAACCCAGACCCCGCGCCACAGCCCGAUCCAGCCCUCGACUCCCAGCCUGAAAUCAUUGAAAUCAUAGCACCCGCAGCCAGCGCACAGGAAACGCUAGCGACUUUAAACCUGGGCGCGGCUGGAUCAGAACUCAGUGAAAGAAACAAACGGACCGUCGGCAUCCUAAGGCAACUUUUCCCACAACUCACUCAGAUUAUCGAACAGAAGGUGCAGGAGAUCACUAGCACCGUACUCAGGGUGUUUGGGCCUGUGUUCCUGAAGGUCUUCCUCGGCAACCGCAACAGCGGGAAGACAAAUGGUGGCGGCGGAACUGUCGAGAUCGACGAUGACGAUGAGGACGAUGAUGAUGAUGACGAUGACGAAUCAACCACAAUAGCACCAACGCGAAGACGACGCGCGCUCUACUUUCCUCCGCCGAACUCCAUCGCUGAGGACAAUCAACUGCUAUCAGGUGCAGAGUCCCAGCAAGCGGAAGUUCGCGUCGCCUUUGGAGACCAGCAAGCAGCCUCUGACCAACAACCAGCUGCAGCCGGAGACCAACAAACCGCUGCUCAGACUAAUUCUGCUACCAUUGAUGAAAUCACACUUGAUGAUGCUGACGACAGCGAAGAAAACAGGAAUAAGAGGUUCUUGAGCUUUGGAGGAGGUGGUUCAUCAUCUGGCGGAGGUUCAGGAAACUUCCUCUUCGACAUCGUCAGACGUCCGGCGGAAAUGGUGGCUCGGGCAGCGGGUUCUGCGUUUCGUCUGUUCGCGGGCACAGACUCGCUAAAUCUUGGCCUCACCGCGCAACACUCCGCAACUUUUGACCCCAACGACCCACAACUGGUAGCGGGAUCGUCGUCAGGCGCGUCAUCAUCAGGAGGAGAAGCAGAAGGUGAAGAUGGCGCGAAAGGUGAUGGUUUAACCGAGGGAGUCCCCGGUCCCAUCACACGUCUGUUCAUCAUCGCCAACCGCGGUGUUGCCAAUCUCAUCCAGGACCUCAUUCUCCGUAUCGCGCAAACUUCCGAGCGGAUAGUCAACUUCAAGGCGAGACUCAUCACCUCCAUCAUCUAA